AUGGCCAAGUCUACACGCCAGGCCUGGCAAUUGUCGAUUCCCCACAGCCGAACACACCACUCGGAGGAGGCAAUCGCGAUCGACGUGUCCGGUAAUGGCAAACUACCAUGGCCCGCAUCAACUCAACCCGACUGGUCAACCCGCUUCCACGAUAUCACACUCUUCUUAACCUCCGAGUCACACAACUUCACCAUCUCAAACGGCACAAAGCCCGCGUCUAACACAAGCUACGUCGGUCCCGUCUUGGAUCUAGAGCCCUCAUCCACCGUCAAACAUGUGAAUUGGAUUUGGCCCGAAUGCCUCGUGGGAGACGGCUCUGGCUCAAAGAACUCGGCGCGUGGCGCAUACAAUAUCUCCAUGCACCAAUCUUUCCUCUGGAAUGGGACUGACUAUUAUACUGUCUUUGACCUGCCGAUCUCUGUCACCAACAGUGUGCCCAAGAGUGAUGAUCGGAUCGACUGCGAUUUGCUGGAAAACAAGCUUUCUAGCGCGGUGGAGAUCGGUGAGAGCUCGGAUUCGCUGCCUGGGCAGCCCUGGGUUGAGGGUGGAGUUAGUACGACGGCGUCGAGUACCGACGUGACUCAAACGGGGGCAGGUAAUCGGGGUCAUUCGGGCUUCACGAGAGUAGCUGGCAUUGCGAUUGCUGCUACGGCUAUUUUGCAUUUCCUGAGUUGA